AAAGAGAAUAUUUUUUCUCGCACUCUUUUUUUUCCUUUUUACUUAUUUAAAGAAAUGAAGAUUUUUGCCUUGUCUGCUAUUGUUGCCACUGUGUUUGCAACUAUUUCUCAAGCUGCACUCACAAGAAUUCCCAUCAAAAAAGUAAACGAGUCUCCUUCUGAAAAACUCCAGCGUUAUGCUAAUACCGGUGAAUAUUUGACUCAAAGAUACUUCAACUCUCAGCGUCAAGCCAGUGUCACUCCAUUCCAAGUGAAGCCUGACGGUAGUGUUGAGCAUGGCGUUCCUAUUUCUAAUUAUAUGAAUGCCCAAUAUUAUGGUGACAUCGAAAUUGGUACUCCUCCCCAAACAUUCUCGGUCGUUUUUGAUACUGGUUCUUCUAAUCUUUGGGUGCCUUCUACUCAUUGUACUUCUAUCGCUUGUUUCUUGCACAAACGUUACGACUCUAGCCAAUCCCGCACCUUUGUCGAGAACGGUACUGAAUUUGCUAUUCAAUACGGUACUGGUUCAUUGGAAGGUUUCAUUAGUCAAGAUACCCUUCGUGUUGCGGGUAUUGAUGUUGAAAACCAAGGUUUUGCUGAAUCUGUUAAAGAACCUGGUUUUACUUUUGCAUUCGCCAAGUUUGACGGUAUCUUUGGUCUUGGUUAUGACACUAUCUCUGUUAAGCGCACUGUUCCUCCCUUCUACAACAUGGUCAACAAAGAUUUGGUUGAUGAGCCCCUCUUUUCUUUCUGGUUAAAUGAUGUCAACAAGGGUGGUGAACAAGAUGGUGGCGAACUUGUGUUUGGUGGUAUUGAUCAUGAUCACUACAAGGGCAACAUUACUUGGUCUGAUGUCAGAAGAAAAGGUUAUUGGGAAAUUGAACUUGAAAAUAUUAAAUUUGGCGAAGAAUAUGUUGAUUUGGAUCCUGUCGGUGCCGCCAUUGAUACAGGUUCUUCUCUUAUUGUUGCUCCCACUACCAUUGCUGAUUUAAUCAACCAUGAGCUUGGCGCUGAGAAGAACUGGGCUGGUCAAUACGUUCUUGAUUGCUCUCUUGUCCCUAGCCUUCCUGAAUUCUGCUUUGUUUUCAGUGGCAAGAACUUCUGUUUGAAUGGUGAAGACUAUGUUCUUAAGGUGCAAGAUCAAUGUAUCUCUGGUUUUAUGGGUAUGGAUAUCCCUGAACCAGCUGGUCCUCUUUGGAUUGUUGGUGAUGUUUUCCUUCGUAAAUUCUAUAGUGUGUACGAUCUUGGUAACAACAGAGUUGGUCUUGCUGAAGCCAAGUAAAGAAAUAUACACAUUUUUUAAGGAGAACAAAUUGUACAGCUCAAGUAAUAAAAACUUAUUCAAGUCAAGGCAUGAAUCUGAAACAAUCUUAAUGAAAAACUUGAAGUUUGAAUUCUCACAUCUUGUGAAUGAAAAUAAAUGAAAUGUAUAGUAACUAUUAACUACAAACAAA